AAAACGAUAUACUGAAUAAAAAUUACCGUUCAUCUCCGAUAAGCAGCGAAAAGCAACAAGGCCACACCAACAGGGGAAUUCGGUGUCCAAAACACAAAAAUGUAUUCAAUUUCAGUAUCACCAGAACUCACUACGACUGGCAGCUUCUGCAAACCAUCCAUCUCACUUCACAGAUUUUCUUUUCCAUUUUUGAGAUACCCAUUUGCUGAAAGCCCCAACAGGUCUCCUGCAACUGCAAUUCAUGCUCGGAAGAGAGACCCAAGGUCUCAGCCAGUUCUCAAACCAUCCAUAGUUGAAGAAGUGUCAAUGGACGAUGAACAAGACGACGAAGAAGAGCAGCUUCCGUUUGAUGACUUGGAAGACGAUGCAUCAAUUGAGGAGGAUGAUUAUGUUGAAGAUGAGUAUGUGGAAGCUGAAACUGAACUCUAUGUUGGGGAUGGAGCAGGAGGAGGGGGGAUUUCUCUAGCGGGGACGUGGUGGGAUAAAGAAGCAUUGUCAUUAGCUGAAAAUGUACGUAUGUCCUUCAAUGGUGAAUUGGGGUUAUAUGCUUUCAGGACAUUGGCAAAUUCCACCAUUCAAGUUCGUAUUGAGAGAUUGACAAACAGGUCUGGCUCCCCCAGUAUGGAAGAUAUUGAAGCUUUUUCUGUAACCUAUAGAGCACGAUUGGAUGAAGCUGAGCUUAAUAAAUCAGUACCAGAGAAUAUAACCCUAGAGGUGUCAUCUCCUGGUGUUGAAAGGGUAGUUCGGAUUCCACAAGAUCUUGAACGGUUCAAGGAUCGACCAAUGUAUGUAAAAUAUUUCAGUGAGGUAGCUGAAACUGGUUCAACAUCAGAAGGUGAUGGUAUUUUUAGGCUUGUAUCUUUUGACAUUGAGAAAAAAUGCUGCACUUGGGGUUUAGCAGACGUGAGGAUAAAUAGAGAAAAAGCAGGGAAAGGAAGACCUCUUAGCAAAAAGCAAAGAGAGUGGCGUUUAGACACUACCUUCGAUUCCUUGUGUUUGGUCCGGCUUCAUUCUGAAAUUUGAAUAUUAAUUCUCAGAAGUAGCUAGUCGCAUAGCUAGUAGUAAGGAAGAUACAUUCAAUUGAGACAAUAAUUGAGGCUGUCUUGGAAAAUAGCUUCUCUGUCACAUGACCCUUUUCAAAAUUUGAGCUGUAAAACUGUUAUUUCUUGUUUUGGUUAGAUGUAAAAUUUUUGUUUCACUGUAUAUAUUUUGUUACAUUCUGUUUAAUUGUUCUA